UCCUCUUCACUCUUCCCCAGGACCCCCUGCUCUGCUGAGCAGCGUCUUGGAACAGGGCUCCGGCGAGCUGCCCUCGAUUGCGCCCUGCACGCCCCUCUCUGAUUGGCCUUCCCGCAGGCUCCGCCCCUACAGUUGGUCCCCCCCACGAGAUCUGUAGGACUGGGGCAAAGCACAGGCAGGGGACACGGUCCGGGAUGCGCUUGUGGCUGUGGAUUUGGCAGGCCCGGCAGAUGAUGGAUCGGCGCCUAUUGAGAACAUGCCGAGAGGCGUCUCAGUGGGGAGAGAACCCAGGAGGCCAGGCAGUGAGCCAGACGUUUUACUGCAAGCCCCAGGGGGGGCUGUACUCCCUGCCCUACCUGACGGAGCGGGGCUGCGAGGAGGGCGGGGCCCUGAGCCGAGCCGAGUGGUGGGAGCUGCUCUUCUUCGUCAAGAAGCUAGAACCGCCCGAGCAGCGGGAGAUCGUCCGCCUCGUCCAGCAGCACCAGGAGGAGCAGCUGGCGGCGCUGGAGGAGGAGGCGCUGAUCCAGCUGUCGGUCCCGGCGGAGCUGGCCCAGAAAGUGCUGCAGGUGCUGAGCCAGCAGAGCCAGGGCUGCACCCUGAGUGAGCUGUGCAGCUCCCACGUCUACACCAAGUACUUCCUGCACGCGGGGGGGGCGCAGCCGGGCGGGCGGGGGCAGGACCCCCCCAGGGGCGCAGCAGUGACCUGGCUGCUCCCGUUAACGUCCAGUGACGUGACACCCGCCUGCCCGCGCGGCGCCCACAGGGAGAAGCUGGUGAAGAUGCUGGUGGAGCUGCUGACCAACCAGGUGAAGGAGAAGCUGCUGGUGGUGCUGGCGCUGCGCCUGCUCUGCGCGCUGAUGGCCAAGUACGACUGGCGCGUGCCCUUCGCCACCGAGGGCGGGGUGCGGGCCGUGCUGGCCUGCAUGCAGGA